GGCACCGGGCGGGGCGCAGGGACCGGGCGGCACCGGGCGGGACCGGCAGCUGCGGUUAUACGGUUUCUUGCUGAUUGCGAGGACUUGUCUAUAAGGAAGUGAACCCUCCACUGGACGGUGCUGACCAGAUAUCUGGAAUUGUGGCUAAUUUCUGAAAGCAGCCAUGAAUGAUGGGAAAUCGGUGUGGGCUCCGCACCCAGCAGAUGGGUUCCAGUUGGGUACGAUCAUUGACAUUGGUGCUGACACAUUAACUAUUGAGCCUUUGAAUCAAAAGGGAAAGACUUUUUUAGCACCUAUCAAUCAAGUUUUCCCAGCGGAAGAAGACAAUAAGAAGGAUGUGGAAGAUAACUGUUCUCUUAUGUAUUUAAAUGAAGCUACUCUGCUGAACAAUGUGCGAGUACGCUACAACAAAGACAAAAUCUACACUUGUGUAGCCAAUAUCCUGAUUGCAGUGAACCCUUACUUUGACAUUCCAAAACUGUACAACUCAGAGACCAUUAAAAAAUACCGGGGGAAAUCCCUGGGUACAUUGCCACCACAUGUCUACGCUAUCGCCGAUAAGGCAUAUCGUGACAUGAAGGUGCAUAAAAUGAGUCAGUCCAUCAUUGUGUCAGGAGAAUCUGGUGCAGGGAAAACCGAGAAUACCAAGUUUGUCCUUCGGUACUUAACUGAAUCAUACGGAACUGGACAAGACAUUGACGAAAGGAUUGUGGAGGCAAAUCCAUUACUUGAAGCCUUUGGAAACGCCAAAACCGUGCGAAAUAACAACAGUAGUCGUUUUGGAAAGUUUGUAGAGAUCCAUUUCAACGAGAAGAAUGCUGUCGUCGGAGGAUUUGUAUCUCAUUACCUGCUGGAGAAAUCCCGAAUUUGUAUGCAGGGCAAAGAAGAAAGAAAUUACCAUAUCUUUUAUAGGCUGUGUGCAGGUGCUCCUGAAGACAUUAGGCAAAAGUUUCACUUGACCUCCCCCGAUCACUUCCGGUAUCUGAAUCGAGGAUGUACCAGAUACUUUGCCAACAAGGAGUCGGACAAACGGAUUCUACAGAAUCGCAAGAGCCCUGAGUGCCUUAAGGAAGGUUCUUUGAAGGACCCACUCUUGGACGACCAUGGGGACUUCAACCGCAUGUGUGUCGCCAUGAAGAAAAUUGGCCUGGGAGACGCUGAGAAGUUUGACCUCUUCCGAGUGGUGGCUGGAGUUCUACAUCUGGGAAAUAUUGACUUUGAAGAAGGUGGAAGCACUUCAGGUGGAUGCGUUCUGAAGAGAAAAUCUAGUAAAUCUUUGGACCAUUGUGCUGAACUGCUUGGGCUGGACGGGGAUGACCUGUGCGUUAGUCUAACUACAAGAGUAAUGCUGACAACUGCUGGAGGAGCCAAAGGAACAGUUAUCAAGGUACCCUUAAAGGUCGAGCAAGCAAAUAAUGCCCGGGAAGCUUUGGCCAAGGCCGUUUAUAGCCGUCUUUUUGACCACGUGGUGAAGCGAGUCAACCAUUGCUUCCCCUUUCAAAGCUCCUGCUUCUUUAUUGGAGUUCUGGAUAUUGCUGGAUUUGAAUAUUUUGAGCACAACAGCUUUGAGCAGUUCUGCAUUAACUACUGCAAUGAAAAGCUACAACAAUUUUUCAAUGAAAGGAUCCUCAAGGAGGAACAAGAACUAUAUCAAAGAGAAGGGCUCGGUGUUAAUGAAGUGCACUAUGUUGACAAUCAAGACUGUAUAGAUUUAAUUGAAGCUAAAUUAGUGGGUAUCCUGGACAUUCUGGAUGAAGAAAACCGUCUACCUCAAACCAGUGACCUGCACUUUACUACAAUGAUACACCAGAAACACAAGGAUCAUUUCCGUCUCUCGAUUCCUCGCAAAUCCAAACUGACUGUCCACAGGAACGUCCGUGACGACGAAGGCUUCAUCAUCAGACACUUUGCUGGAGCAGUCUGCUACGAGACGACCAAGUUUGUAGAGAAAAAUAAUGAUGCCUUACACAUGUCGCUGGAGACUCUGAUUUCUGAAUCUAAAGACCAGUUCGUCCGACAGCUCUUUGAAGGAACCAACAACACUAAGGAUUCAAAACAGAAAGCAGGAAAACUGAGCUUCAUCAGUGUGGGCAACAAGUUCAAGACUCAGUUGAAUUUGUUGCUUGAAAAACUGCGCAGCACUGGAUCCAGCUUUAUUCGUUGCAUCAAACCCAAUCUAAAAAUGACAAGCCACCAGUUUGAAGGAGCACAGAUCCUCUCGCAGCUUCAAUGUUCAGGUAUGGUGUCUGUGCUGGAUCUCAUGCAAGGAGGGUUUCCAUCACGAGCUCCAUUCCAUGAACUUUAUAACAUGUACAAGCAGUACAUGCCUAAAAAGCUCUGCAGACUGGACCCCAGGCUCUUCUGCAAGGCUCUGUUCAAAGCUUUGGGUCUCAAUGAAAACGAUUACAAGUUUGGUCUAACCAAGGUCUUCUUCAGACCUGGCAAGUUUGCAGAAUUUGAUCAGAUCAUGAAGUCUGACCCUGAACAUCUGGCGUUGCUGGUGAAACGUGUCAAUCAUUGGCUUAUUUGCAGCCGAUGGAAGAAGGUUCAAUGGUGCGCUUUGUCGGUUAUUAAAUUGAAAAACAAGAUCAAGUACCGCGCUACUGCCUGUAUUGCGAUCCAGAAAACUGUCCGCAUGUGGUUGUGUAAGAAAAAACAUAAGCCACGCAUUGAUGGUCUGGUGAAGGUGAAGACCCUGAAGACGCGAGUGAAUCGAUUGGUUGACGUAGUGAAUGCCUUGAAAGAAGGAAAGCCUGAGAUGAGUAAACAGGUCAAAGACCUUGAGGCUUCAAUUGAUGGUCUCAUGGCCAAAAUCAAGAAGACCACAAUGACCAGAGAACAGAUUGAUAAGGAGUAUUUUGCUUUGGUGAAACGUUCAGAGCAGCUUCUCGGCUCACUGCAGAAGAAGAAACAAGAGGAGGAGGAACGUGCGAGGCUGCGACGCAUCCAAGAAGAGAUGGAACGGGACCAGAAGCACCGUGAGGAUGAAGAACGGAAGCGCAGGCAAGAGGAGGAGGAACGCCGGCAGAAAGCUGAGAUGGAGGCAAAGAGAAAACAAGAGGAAGAAGCGAGGAAGAAGCGAGAGGAAGAGGACCGACGUAUCCAGGCUGAAGUGGAGACUCAGUUAAUCGCGGAGCGUGAGGAUGAAGCUCACAAGCAGACUGUCCUAGAGCAGGAACGCCGAGAUCGGGAGCUUGCCAUGAGGAUUGCACAGAGUGAGGCCGAACUCAUAAGUGAGGAACUUCCAAUGGAAAUAGCAACUCGGAGCGUUGAAGUUAAAAGCGUUCUCCCAGUGACUCCUAAAUCUGGUGGAUCCCAGUCCAAAAUGACAAUGGAUGAAAUGGCCAAAGAAAUGUCGGACUACCUGGCGAGGAGUCCUCAGGUUCAAGCUACCAAGGCUGCAGCUGGUACUAAGAAGUUUGAUCUCAGCAAAUGGAAAUAUGCUGAACUCCGAGAUGCCAUCAACACCUCUUGUGAUAUUGAACUGUUGGCAGCCUGCAGAGAGGAGUUUCACCGGCGGUUGAAGGUUUACCAUGCCUGGAAGUCUAAGAACAAAAAACGCAAUGCUGAUGCAGAUCAGCGGGCUCCCAAGUCAGUUACAGAUUAUGCUCAGCAGAAUCCAACCCAGUUACAACCCCGGCAGCAGGAGAUCAGUCAGAAUCGUGCUCAGCGCUACUUCCGGAUCCCAUUCAUCCGCCCUGCCGACCAGUACAAGGAGCCCCAGAACAAGAAGAAAGGCUGGUGGUACGCCCACUUUGACGGGUCGUGGAUCGCGCGGCAGAUGGAACUGCACCCAGACAAGCCACCCAUCCUGCUGGUAGCUGGAAAGGAUGACAUGGAGAUGUGUGAGCUUAACCUGGAAGAGACCGGUCUGACUCGGAAGCGCGGAGCUGAGAUUUUGGCCCGGCAGUUUGAGGAGAUCUGGGAGCGUUGUGGUGGAGUGACGUACCUGCGGAACGCCAUCGAGAGCAAACAGGCCCGGCCAACGUAUGCCACAGCCAUGCUCCAGACCUUCCCAAUGUAGAGCCCAAUAGUUUACAAAGCAACUAGAGUUGGUGGUGUAGAAAAUCCUUGUAAAUGGAACAAAGGGAAGAAUAUUUUAUUCCCUAUCAAAUAUCCCCCCGGAGCUUGAGAUAAAUAGUUUAUUGGCUUGAGAAUCUAUUGGCACAUCACUAACAAAUGAAACCAGAUUAGCAAAACUUUAUUUUCAGAAAUAAUGGAUUGGUUGGUAAAUGUAUAAAUAAUUUAUAGCUUUAAUAUCCGUGGCAGAUUAAAAAUUCAGCUGAUUCUACUAUUGACUCGGAUUGAACGAUUUUGCCGUAAAAAGGCACAUUAACAGUUAUAAUGACAUACACCUAUUGCACUAUUGUUCACCCAAAUGUGCAUCGUAUAAGCUCCAUUGCAGUGCAAUAAACCACAUAUAUUAGCUUUAUACGUGAUACUACACCUUUCAGAAACUGAUAAGUAUAACUAUUCCAAUGCAGUAAACAUCUGGGGACCAAUCCAAGGUAUUACAGCAAAGUACUACAAUUCAGCUUUAUUUCAAGCCCCGGGGAUUCAAAUAAACAUAAUCAUGUUGGAGCUAUUUGACAUGUAUGGAUUUCAUUAAUUGUAGGGAUUUGUUUUGUUAAUUUCUAAUUUUGUGAUGUUAAACUUGUGUAGUGAAGUCUUUUUUAAAAUGCGCUCUGUGAUAACUGGACAUGCAGACCACAUUACAAGCACAGUCUCUGCAGUAAAAUAAUUUAAUGUCUUAAAACUGGAACUGUGAGGCCUUAGCACCAAGUAUUCUCAUUGGACCAAGCGGUUUCUGGUCCCGGUUGGUAACACACGUUAAUAGUAGUAGAAAAGCUGCCAAGUAUUUUGUCAGUCAAUAUCUUUGCUAGCUUUCCCUCUAGACAAUACAGGAGAUGAUGUCUUGGUAAAAAGAAACUUUAAUGAUCUUCAGGGAUUGUUUCAGAGCAAAAAGGAAGAUGUUUUUACAUGUAGAUGUUCACUGCUUAUCAGCUGAUACUAGUAUUUUUUUUCUUAUACUUGCCAACAAGUAUAAGCAUCUCAUGCUCGCUCAUGCUCGCUCAUUCUCUAUUGCAGUCUCUUUUUCUUUUAGCUUCUCUCUCUUCCUCUCUCAUGCUUUCGCUCAUUUAUCCUCUGCUCUCGCUCUCAAGCUUUCUAUUAUGCUCUCUUUCAUGCUCUUGUCCCUGCAACUCAAUGAAACACUUGCACAAGUUCUGUAUGUUUUUCCCAUUGCUGUUGGUAGUACCUUAUUGCCCUUAAGGAAUGUGGGCAAUAUAGGGCUGCAAGAAAAAAACCUCUCGGUAGCAAAAGUGUGGCAGGAUCUGUGCAGCACAAGAAGGUGUUGAGAGAAAGGGAUCGUAUCGGACAAAGUAGGAGAGAUGGUCUAUCCCUGCACUGUGUGCCAACUGUGGUCGGAUCUGAUUAGUUUCUGUUUUGUUUGUCACGCAUCAUGUGUUAUGUAGAACAUUAUCCCAGCCUGUGUUUGACAGAUGUCCUACAAGUAACCGACUGCGGUGUGGAAACUGUUCACAGACUGGUUAUUUAUUUAUGAUUUCCAACUGUACGAGUGAUCAGAAUCCUCUAAUAAUCUGAUCCCAAGUCCUUUCUUACAACCGUUGAUAUAAUUUCUGGUAUUUCCUGGACUAGUUGGAUCACGUCCCUUGCAGGACCUGCACAGUUGUAUCUUUUUUGAUUUUGAUUUGUCUCCAAAACACUGAUUCUCAACUGAUGUACUGAUACUAUACAGAAAAUAAAAUGCAAACCUUAUCGUGCA